CGUGAUUAGUUGAUCAGCUUAUCGAUAUACCCCUGCGCGUUUAGUGCUAUGUAUUGUACUGCCAGGGAGUCCUUUCAGGCCACUGCAGCAACUAUCUAACCCCCUGUAUUGUACGGGCCAUUUUUCGAACGUGGCACCUUGGAAUUUAGAGUCCGCGAGAGCUUCACACCCUAUUUGCCAAAGCCCGUCGCUAACCAUUCGACCCGACCCUAAAAGAAGCCCCGAUACAAUCAAUUGAAAAUACCAUAGUCAAUUCAACAACCACAACAACAACAAGUAACGCUACCGACAACGAUGAGGGUGCUUCUUUCCCUCCUGAUGCUGGGCUCCGUCGCCCAUGCGCUCUACUUCUUCCUCGACGGCACGAACGCGAAAUGCUUCUUCGAGGAGCUGCCCAAGGACACGCUUGUCCUCGGGCAUUACCAGGCUGAGGAGUGGGACGACAACAUACAUGCCUGGGCCAAGCACGACGGCAUCAGCAUUUACAUCUCCGUUGACGAAAUCUUCGACAACGACCAUCGGGUAGUCUCGCAGCGGGGAUCCUCGUCGGGCAAAUUCACCUUCACGGCGGCCGAGUCGGGCGAGCACAAGAUCUGCUUCACGCCGAGCAGCAGUAGCGGGCGUCCCGGCUGGCUUUCCGCCUCGCAACCCAACGGCGGCAUCAAGUUGACCCUCGACCUCGCCAUCGGCUCCUCUGAGAUCGAGUCCACCGACAAGACCAAGCUCAUGGACAUCUCUCAGCGCGUCCGCGACCUCAACGCCCGCCUCCAGGACAUCCGCCGCGAACAGAUCUUCCAGCGAGAGCGAGAAGCCGAGUUCCGGGAUCAAUCUGAGUCUACCAACUCGCGUGUUGUACGUUGGAUGGUUAUCCAGCUUGUCGUUCUUGGUAUUACAUGUGCCUGGCAGCUAUCUCAUCUCCGGUCUUUCUUCAUCAAGCAGAAGCUUACUUAAGCCUGCGACCAUCAUGUUGUUAUCAAUAGGCAAGGGGAGUUUUGGUUUGUACGAAAGCUGUCACGGUUAACGCAGUUUACGGUAAACGGGAGAAGGGUUACGAAGGUGAUGAUACUUCGGCUGUUAUAACCACAACCGGUCGUCAUGUACAGAUCACAUUACCAAGUUGGAACGGAAGCCGUCUACCACAAGAUGGGCUUACUUGGCCCAUUGGAAGAAUCUUGCACGUAAAAUUUGUGAACCUAGGGACAGUUUAGCAUGAAAAUAUGAUCAUUUUGAGAGGAUACCAUUAGGUAGUAACGAGCACACAUUAAUAAAUUACGAUAGUACUACUGGGCCAAUACGGUCUAGUGUCACAUAUCGAUCGAAUACAAC